UUCAUUCUUCAUUGCAUUUCCUCUCUACAAACUCAUAAAGGAAAACAGAGUCGUGUGACUUCUCUCCGAUCGUUGCGUUCGUCGGAUUCUGGUGUUUCAAGUACCGGUACAGCCAGAAAAGAACAGAAAAUGGUUGGUAGCACCCCCGGAGUAUGGAGUCCAACUCACGAGGAUGAUGACGAUGACGUCAUAGAGGUCAUCAAUAUCGAAUCAGAUCCGGAGAUUAUUGAUCUCUCUACUCCCGAAAUGGAGUUUGAGAAUGAAGAAUGGUUCGAC